GCGCGUGCGCGGUUGCGGCGUGCUCUGCUGGCGGCUGGUGGGUCCUGGACCGGUUGGUGUGAGUGGUAGCAGCGGCCUGACUGGAGCUGGUGAAGAUGCUCCGAGGCAUGGCAUAUUAGUGAGACCAUGCAGACGCUACGACAAUGGAUGAAUGGACACUGCACAACAAUCACCAAACAGGAAUGUUUCCUCUUAGUUGGAGAACACUUCAGCGGUCAAGGACACUCAGCCUCCAAUCUUCGGACCCUUAUAGAGCAUCUUGGACUCAUUUUCUCCACCACUACAAUGAAUAUGUCAAUGGAUGACAGCAGCCAUCACAGCAUGACAAUGAGCUCGGACAGCCACGCUCACCACUUGUCAACAUCUGCUCCAGGCCAUGAUCAUGGCUCUAGUGGCAUGAUGAUGCAAAUGACCUUCUACUUUGGGUAUAAGAAAGUGGAGCUGCUCUUCCCCGGGCUAGUGAUCAACUCAGUUGGAGGGAUGGUCGGUGCCUGCGUGGUUGUCUUCCUGUGUGCAUUGGCUUACGAGGGGCUGAAAAUCAGUCGAGAAUGUUUGCUUCGGAAAUCGCAGGUUAAUGUUCGUUAUAAUUCCAUGCCUGUACCUGGACCAAAUGGGACAAUCCUGAUGGAAACACACAAAACUGUUGGCCAGCAGAUGUUCAGUGUGCCCCACCUCAUCCAGACUUUACUUCACAUCAUACAAGUGGUCAUCAGCUACUUCCUCAUGUUGAUCUUUAUGACCUACAACGGUUACCUCUGCAUUGCUGUGGCACUGGGUGCAGGUGCUGGAUACUUCCUCUUCAGCUGGAAGAAAGCAGUGGUGGUGGACAUCACUGAACACUGCCAUUAACGACAGCAGUGAGCAAAUUGCACUCCCCAGCACUAUGAUCUGCCAAGCGGGAAAUGACCAUUCAGCCAGUUUAAAAAUACAGACAGACACCGGGGAUCCACAGACAUCGGGGACACACGCAGACAGACGGACACAUACAUGGACACAGACGGACACACACAGACGGGGCCAAAUAAAUGCUGGCACCCCCUAUACAUAUACACAUUACUCUGUUCAGACUCCAGUUGAAGGAUCGCUGCUCAAAUCGUUUUCUUUUGAGCUUCACGCCUUAAUUGCUGCCAAAGAGCAGGUUUACACUUUUUUCAGAAACCUGAGGCAUGAUCUUGGGUAAUGGUGCUGGAGCGGCCACUUCGGACUUCAUGUAUAAUGAAGUGUGCUAAGAAUCCUAAACGAUGAGCCAUUGCUUUACCUGGAGUUGUUCAUGAAAUCUUUACAAUGUCAUCUUCGCUCAGAUGGAAUUAUGUAAAACUCUAGUCACUUCAAGCUAGCUAAAUGAAUUUCUGUUUUAAUUGUAGUUUCCCAUAGUUCCCACAGUUAAAGUGAGCAAUAGUUAUGGCCAAAACCAUAUCUUUCUACACUGAUAUGGCAUAUCAGUUUGUAGACAGAAAUGACAUAAUUAAGUGAGGAUAUGAAGUCACUCUGUGAUUUUCUCCUGUCAGUAUAAGUGAAUAGUGAAGCAAUUUUUGUUUUGCAAGGAUUAAAAUUUUUUAAAAAAUAGAAUUUUCAAAUGUGUUAUACAAAGCUGAAUACUAUCAGGACCAAGACUUAAUGAUGAUCACUUCAUAAGUAGUUCUUUUUUCAAACAAAAAGACCUCCUCUCCCUUAAUAAAAUACUCAGUAGCAUACAUAAUGUUAAUGGCAAGAAAUUGUAUUUGUUUGGUUCACAUCAAGAAUAUUUGAUUUUUUAAAUGUAAUUGUUCACUUUUUUAAAAAAAAAAGUCUGAAUACAGAAAUGCAUCUGUAUUGUCUGCAAUUUGCUUUCCUGCCCACAACCCCAUCCUAUUGUUCAAUCUCCUGGUUCUCAAAAUUGAUGCUUGGAUCCUUGAUUCAUAAUGUUUUUUAUUUGUGCUGAUGGAAUUGUAAUUUAAUAAGAAAAUUAUGUAUUGAUUCCAGGUAGAUAUAUGCUGUUACCUGGUGUUUAUGGUAGGAAUUUUCCUCACUAUUGGUUAGCAGAGUAUUUGUACUUGUAUUCAUUGGAGGACUGGGGAGAGACUCCUUUCAUGGUUUUUUUGGGUGCUGCUGGGCCUGCACAGAUACAUAUGAAUGGAACAAACUUGCUCAGGACCAAUAGGAAUGAAUGGACUGGUCCUCCGGAAUCUAUUUUUAGAAAUUUGAUCAAUUUUAAUCAACUGGUGAUUGUAAUCCAGAGCAGCUCAGAAAUUGUGAGGGAACUUUAGGUUUUGCCAAUUAUAUUAAUUCGAAUGUUCUUUUUUGCCGUGUUUAGUCGAGGAGAGCCGGGGGAGUGGGCAAGGAAAUGAGUUCAAUCAGGUCCUUAAUUCUACUUGAUAAGUUUCAGUGGCAGCUGUGAAGGUCUCUAAGAUCAACUUGAUUAGUUCCCUCUUCUUUGGCUGGCAUUCAAGGAUCACAAAGCAAUGUGUGAAUGUGGAGACCAUUUGGCCUAAUUUAGAUUGUCAUUUUGCAGAAACCUGCUGUUCUGUCAAGAUGGCAAUGAGUGUUUAGCCUGUUCCAAGUCAUUUGAUGUACUGAGAUUCCACAAGUGUUGGCUGGUUGCCUCUACUCAAGUAGCCUUUGCAAUUGAGUUUAUAGGUUGCUCCAGUAAGGGGAUCAUUAUAGUUCAGGCUGAAUAUUAUUUGCAUCUAACGUCUAUGUACAUGUACUUUCCCUUAAGAUAGUGAGCUGCUUGGCUUAUUUCCAUAAUCCCACCCAUUCUUGAUCCAACAAUUGUGGAUGCAGUACAUUACUCUCACCCAACUGAGAUCAGUGACCACAUGGUUGAGUAAGAUCGUAGAUAAUGCAUUUAUCCACUGUGUCACUAGACAGUUAUAAAACCUGGCAUAAGAAAAAAACAUAGUAAGAAUCUAAAGAAUUUGAAGAUUCUAGACUGACUACCCUGAUUAUUCCAAAAAUUUUGGAUCUCUGGUGUCUUGUUGUCACCAAGUCCAUCAAAGCAUGACACCUUAGAAGAUCUUCAGUGUUUUGAAAUAAACACUUGCAUUUUCUGAAGUUUGCACUGUACUUGACACAGUCAAUGGAGAUGCAGCUCUCUGUUGUGUGACCAUGCUGUUUUUUGGACUUCUAGCAGCCCAUGAGAUUUGGGAUGUUGUCUGGAAGGGUCACGUCCCACACCGAAGUCUCACCUCAUUGGUUUUAAUUUUGUUCACUAAUGUUGUGUUGAUUCCCCACCAAUCUUGGCAGUACUUAUCCUCUGUCAUGUUCUUUUAGUCUUGCUUGUAUUUCCCCAACAAAAUUGAUGUUAAAUCAUGAUUAACAGAAGGAAUUAUGAGGUGGUGCUACUGUUUAAUACCUGAGUUACAACUUUAAUCUGAUCAGCAUUAAAUUGUUUCAAUAUUUUUGUCUAGUGAUAGCCCCAGGACAGAGUUUCCAGAGGCACCGCUAAGUAACACUAUUAUACUCUCUGUAAAGUGAGAGCCUUUUUGUAAAAUGGUACCAGUUAGGUGUAUACUUAAAGCUUGCUAAUGGGGCCAUUGGGGUGGGAAUGACACAAACCUUUGAGCAGCAGUUGGUUAAUUAAAAAAUUAUUUUGAGGGCUGUGUUUGGAAUUCCUCAUCUUGCAGAAAGUAACUUUUUCAUAUUAGCUGCAUAGAGUGUCACUACACGACCUGACCAUAUGAACCAAGCCUGCAGAUGAGAUGUACUUUGCGUUGAGACUAUCCUCCACUAACUACUUUCUCCUGGACUCCUGCUUUUAUUGGGAUUUUCAGUCAAGUUUUUUUUCUCUAGUUUGUACAGAUUCUGGUUGCUGUAACAGAUAGGAACUGUUUAAAGAGAUUCUGCUGUAAAAUAAAAAUAAAACACAAAAUGCAGGAAAUACUCAAAACUGACGAGAUCACUAACCUAGAUGCUGUUUCUUUCUCCCUGGCUGAUCCAUUGUAUUUCCAGCAUUUUCUGUUUUUAAUUUUGGACUACCUGUAUUUGCUUAUGUGAAACAGGUUUGUUAUUGAGUCCUGAGUCCUCAUUGCUUCCAAUUCAUUAGCUCAUAUAGCAGUGUCAACGAACAUGGUCAUCCACGUUUGUACUAUAGCCACGAUCCAUGACACCGUAAAGUGUCAUUUGGACUAACCAACAAUGAAUGGCAAGGUGUCCUGCAUUUAAGUGCGCACACAAUGUUCCUCUCCUCUGGUACUCUUAAAAUAUUGCCACUGAAAGCAUUCCAUUUCAGAUUUUAAAACUCAAGCUGAGCAGAAAGAACCAAUGGUAUUUUUAAACUAAAACUUGGCUCGGACUGGAGCUGUGUAAGUUUGGCUUUUAUGCAUUUAAUGUUGGAGCAGGAGUUGACAAGUGCUCUUGCUAGUUUGUGCUGCUAUUUUCACAUUUGUGCUCCCAGAACUGCUAUUAAUACAGUUGAUCGUCAAAAUGUGACUUAAGAGUGUAUUCUCCUUCUGAAAUAAAUGGCAGUCACACAUUUCACAUUGAAUAUAGAUAAUAAAAGGAUAUGACGGGGAAAAUAUUGUAAUUCUUUGGUUGUCAAUCUUGUACGAGGUGUUUUUUUUUUAAUCACCCUUUAAAAUUUGGUAAAUCUUUACUCAGCUUGUAUUUGAAAUUCAGUGCCUUUGGUUCUCUCCUGAAAACAUGAGUAAUGGUCACCCAUUGUUAAGCCUUUGUCUUAUAAUUUGAUUUCUCCGUUCUCAAACAUGUUGAUGAUUUUCCUCCCACUCCAGCACCUCAGUGUUGCAAUGUUAUCUUACUGGUGAGCUGUCAGAAACAAUUCUUGAGAUUGUACAAUGCAAUUUUCUGUACUGGAAAAAUAAUAUAUUAUCAUGCUUAUUUCCAAUAAACUAUUAGUUUGUCUUUUAAA